AAUGCAAAACCCUUUCAAUUGGCCACUUGAGGAGCCUCGAGCCUUAAACCCUCUUCCCUAUUGACAGCACCGCUGCUUCUGCAGAUACCAUUGCAAUGGCUACAACCACAAAAUUCGUGUUCGAACCGCCGAGCGAUGAGGAAAUUGAACACGAAGAGGAAACCGAAUCUGAGGAUGAAGAUGAAGAAGAAGCAGCAGCAGAAGAUGUCGAAAUUAAAGCAGAAAAAGUAUCAAAAAACAAGAAAUCGCAGUCGCCGUGGGACUUCUCCUCCUACUCCGAGUCGGUCGCUGAUGAACACUUUCGGCGGAGCACCACUUCAAUUGACGACAAAAUAUCCAAAGCUCGCGAACGACGCCCCAUCCUCACCGCCGAAGAUAAUGACUCCGAUGAAAAUUCUGAUUCGGAGCCCCACCACCAAGAGGAUUAUAGACCGGAAGAGGAGGACGAAUUGCCAACUACUAGUGGGAAUGAUGUGAAGUCAUUCUUUUCACAUGUGGAGGGUGUGUCGUUCCACGCAAACUCUUUUCUCGACCUGCAUCUUUCGAGACCGUUGCUUCGGGCUUGUGAAGCUUUGGGCUAUAAUAAGCCCACCCCUAUUCAGGCUGCUUGCAUACCAUUGGCUUUAACUGGGCGUGAUAUAUGUGGGAGUGCUAUUACUGGUUCCGGGAAGACAGCUGCUUUUUCUCUACCAACAUUGGAGAGAUUGUUAUACCGGCCAAAGAAUAGGCCAGCUAUAAGAGUUCUAAUUCUCACUCCAACAAGGGAGUUGGCUGUUCAGGUUCAUAGUAUGAUUGGAAAACUUGCACAGUUUAUGACCGAUAUCAGGUGCUGUCUGGUUGUUGGUGGUCUUUCAACGAAGGUGCAAGAAGCAGCAUUGAGAUCACUGCCGGAUAUAGUUGUGGCGACUCCAGGGCGUAUGAUAGAUCACUUACGCAACUCUUUGUCAGUACAUCUGGAUGAGCUUGCAGUUUUGAUACUUGAUGAAGCUGAUCGGCUUCUUGAGCUUGGAUUUAGUGCUGAAAUUCAUGAACUGGUGAAGAUGUGUCCUAAAAGGCGGCAGACCAUGUUAUUUUCAGCAACCAUGACUGAGCAAGUGGAUGAGCUUAUCAAGCUCUCUCUGAAUAAACCAUUGCGCUUAUCAGCUGAUCCAACAACAAAGCGGCCAGCAACAUUAACGGAAGAGGUGGUUCGUAUACGUCGAAUGCGUGAAGGAAAUCACGAAGCAGUUCUUCUUGCGUUGUGCUCCAAGACUUUUACAUCUAAAGUGAUUAUUUUCAGUGGAACCAAGAAGGCUGCGCAUAGAUUGAAAAUUUUAUUUGGUUUAGCCGGUCUUAAAGCAGCCGAACUUCAUGGAGACCUCACCCAGGCCCAGCGUUUGGAUGCCUUGGAACUUUUCAGGAAGCAACAAGUGGAUUUCCUAAUUGCGACGGAUGUUGCUGCUCGUGGUCUCGAUAUAAUUGGUGUUCAGACAGUUAUUAAUUUUGCAUGUCCGCGAGAUCUUACGAGUUAUGUUCAUCGGGUGGGCCGCACUGCCAGAGCAGGUAGAGAAGGAUAUGCUGUCACCUUUGUUACUGAUAAUGAUCGGUCUCUACUAAAAGCUAUUGUUAAAAGAGCUGGUUCUAGGCUUAAAAGUCGAAUUGUAGCGGAGCAAUCAAUAAAGAAAUGGUCUGAAAUAAUUGAACAAAUGGAAGAUCAAGUGUCCUCAAUUCUUCAAGAAGAAAGGGAAGAAAUGGCUCUGCGAAAAGCUGAAAUGGAGGUGACAAAGGCAGAAAACAUGAUUGCGCACAAAGAUGAAAUUUAUUCACGCCCUAAAAGAACUUGGUUCGUUACAGAGAAGGAAAAAAAGCUUGUAGCCAAGGCAGCAAAGGAAGCUUUGGGGAAGCUAAAAAGUGCUGGCAAUGAGGUGAUCAGUGCUGAACAAGCGGAAGAGUUGAAGAUGAAGGAAAAGAGAAGGCGAGAGCGCGAGAAAAACUUGCCUAGGAAAAAAAGAAGGAAAAUGGAGGCGGCUAGAGAAAUGUUAGAGGAUGAGGAUGAGGAUGAAGUCAAGGGAGAAAGGAAAAGUAAGACAGAGAAAAAAGGAAUUCCUCUGGUUGAUGUGGCAUACCGUAGAGCAAAAGCUGUGAAGGCUGCAAAAAAGGCUGUUGAUGCCGGCAAGAUCGUGAAAAAGUCGGUUAAAAAGUCCAAGCACCCUUCCCAAAUAACUAAAUCAAGAACAGAAGAGAUGCAGGAACUUUUCCAGGAUGACAUGAGUGAGAAAAGGCAGAAAAGAACCCAACGAAUGGGAGCAAAGAAGAAAUCCUCAUUCAAGAGCAAGUCAAGGUACAAGCGCCGGUAGGGUCACAGUGCAUCACUUGAAGUUCAUGGCUGCGUUGUUCCAUAUGUUUGAGGGAUUGAGCAUCGGAUGAUGUAGCUUGCUAUUAGCAAUAUAACUAAUCCUGCCUUUUAUCAUGUUAAACCGCAGCAGAUAUUCAUUCGGGUUCCAAUCAGAGUUCGGCAAGAUGUAUUUGCAGUCAUGUUUAGUUGUUAAUUUAACUGCUUAUAUCAAAUUUUGUGUUUAAUUUCACCCUAGAAAUACGGCUCCAAGUUUAAAAAUGAGAUUCCAUUUUGGUUUUGGUAGAAACUACAAGCCUUCUAAUACACGCUUGUGAUCUGCUGAUACAUUUGUGACUGAAGUUCUUCUGUAUUCUUGAUCACCUAGAUUAGUUGUACUAGAAUGUUGUAUUAAGAUUCUUUGAGCUCUAAAUACAAUCUGACGUUUUAAAAGGGAA